AUGAACAACGACUCAGACUACUACGGACAACAGUCGCAGUACCGUGGCAACGAUAGGCAGGACCUAGAUAGACGCUACGAUCUGUUCCGAGACCGUGGAAGAGGCGGAUACCGAGGAUCCAGGGGUUACAAUCUGCAAGGUCCUUCUCGAAACUCAUCUUACUCUGGAAGAGGCGGCAGCGGUCGUCCGAGAGGCAACUAUCAGAAUAGUAGAGAGUCGUAUGGUCAUGGUAGAGAGCUGGGCUCCUAUCAUGGCGAGAAUGGAUCAACACGGGGUUACUACAAGGACCAUAGAGAUUCCGUAGAUGGUCGUGACCACAGGGAUCGAGAAUAUAGAGAUCAGCGCGAGCAAAGAGGUCUGAGAGAUCAUCAGGAUUAUGAUCCACGUGACCGUGAAGAGCCCACAUCUAGUCAUGAUUACCGAGGUCUGAGAGAUCAAAGAGACCAAAGAGAUCAAAGAGAAUACAGAGAUCGGAGAGACUCAAGAGACCAGAGGGAGUAUAGAGAUCAAAGAGACCCCAGAGACCAAAGAGACCAAAGAGAUCAAAGAGACCCCAGAGAUCACAGAGACGAUCAGGGCAGAGAUCCCUAUCAACAACGAAGAAGUUACAGUGAUGCCCGUGAGAACCAUCGUCCACACAACGGAGCUCUGGAAAGGCCCUUCAAUUCAAGAGAACAUUCAGGCUCCAUAGAGCCCCGAGGAGAGAGAUCAGACGAGACGCCUCGGCGCCGGGAGCAGGACCGGCCAGAUACGAAGUUUGACCGUGGCCAUCCUAAGAUCCGUAAUGAUAGUCUCCGAAAUGGAUCUCUGUCGCCAUACACUGAAGCUACGCGACCAAGCAAUCCCUGGGUUUCUAUAUUGGGCAUUAAAGAUCUGAAAGCUGUGGCCCAAAUGGAAAGUAAUUAUCGAGAGGAGGCCAUAAUCAAUGAGAAGCUUGCCAAGCUACAAGCUGAAACAAUCAAGCUUGAGUGCACGCUUUCCACUUUCGACCUCUACGCGAAGAGAGACGCCAUCAAUGUUGAGUUGUGUUCUGAAAAACUAGAAGAAUUCUCGUACAUCUAG